GCGCUGCUCGGAGCCAUGGCGGGCGGCUCUAGAGGCGGCUUCCCCGCCUGGAUCACCGCCGCCGCCGCGCGCGUCGACCUCUCUGCCGGCGGCGGCGGAACCUCCGCCUCGCAGCCGUCCCAUCCCGGGACCUCGGCGGCGGUGGGGGACCAUGACCUCGGGAUAACCAAGCGCUGCCUCUCCGCGGCCAGCGCCGCCUUCAUCUCCGCUAUCAUCGUCAACCCCCUCGACGUCGCCAAGACGAGGUUGCAAGCGCAGGCGGCGGGGGUGCCAUACUACCAACCAUCCCAGAUGGCGGCGCUCGGCCCGGAUACGAUACUAUCUGAGUUCAGAUGCUCUCCAUCAUGCACACGCGCUAUCAUUUUGGGAAGUGAACCUAUUUGCCCCCCUGAUUGCUUUCAGUACAAGGGAACACUUGACGUAUUCUUGAAAGUUGUUAGACAGGAGGGAUUUGGUAGAUUAUGGAGAGGCACAAAUGCAGGCUUGGCAUUAGCUAUACCAACCGUUGGAAUAUAUUUGCCUUGCUAUGAUAUAUUCCGGAACAAGGUUGAGGAUUUUACAAGGAGCAAUGCUCCUGCUUUGACACCAUAUGCCCCACCACUAAUAGCAGGAUCUGUUGCACGUUCGUUAGCAUGCAUUGCUUGUUCCCCAAUUGAAUUGACAAGGACACGGAUGCAGGCGUAUAAGGAAUUUCAGCCCGGAGUAAAGCCUCCUGGAAUGUGGAAAACAUUGCUUGGUGUUCUUUCACCACAUGCAAGUUCAAGUCAGAACGUGCAAAACUAUCGUGUUCUAUGGACGGGUGUGGGUGCACAGCUUGCUCGGGAUGUUCCAUUCUCUGCUAUAUGCUGGUCAACACUGGAACCGAUUCGAAGAAAGCUUCUUGGUCUUGUCGGAGAAGAUGGUGAUGCAGCUAGUGUGGUGGGUGCAAACUUUGCUGCUGGUUUUGUAGCAGGUAGUGUCGCUGCUGGUGUUACAUGCCCUCUAGAUGUUGCCAAGACAAGGAGACAGAUAGAGAAGGAUGCUGAGAAGGCAAUGAAAAUGACCACGAGGCAAACAUUAGUUGAUAUAUGGAGGUCUGGAGGUCCAAAAGGCUUGUUCACUGGUGUUGGUCCACGCGUAGCACGUGCUGGCCCAUCGGUUGGAAUUGUUGUUUCCUUUUACGAGGUUGUCAAGUAUGCUCUUCACCAAAGGCACAUGUCAUGACCGGGAUUUCGCUCUGAAGAUAGAGGUUACCACACCUUCAUUGUAGAAACAUGAUACUCCCCAGAUGAGCUUUGGGCACGCAGGGUAUGGUGCAACUUAGAGGAUCAAAUUGCUCAGUGGCCAGCAUGUUGUUUUUUCCUGGACGAGGUCCAGUUGUCUUCUGGUACUCUUGAAAGGCUUUCAGUUUUGCAGUUUUGUCAGAGGGAAUUGGACCAUAACCUAAGCUCACGCUGAAACUGCUUCUAUUAACUUAUAUAGGAAGAGGCCAAUGUAGUGGAAGAUGUAGGGCUGACAGUGAUCAAUAAAAAUACCUUGCACUCUGUACCCUCAGUACCACGGAGCAAAUUUCGCUCUGCCUUCAUACUGAUGGGUCUUGCCCAAUCCUUGUAUCGAUAUUGUCUGUUGACUGGUCCUGCACGGACUUAAUUAUUCGUUGUGCGGGGCUGCC